GCUUAUCCGCUCUCCUUUUCCUUUCCCGCUCUUCUUCUUCUUCUUCUUCUUCUUCCUCUUCUGCUCCGUCGAAGAACGGAAGUGAACUAGGGUUUCGAAGGUCCCCGAUCCCCUGGUCUUGGGUCCACCUGAGCGAGCCACGCUCCGCCGGAGAACCACCCUCGCUCUCUCCGUCGCCGGAGAUCGGAGUUCGCGGCGCGUCCGCAAGCAUGAUGUACGGCGAUCCCCAGCAGCAGCAGCAGCAGCAGCCAGGUGGCGAGUUCCACCGGGGCCCCCCGCCGCCGCCGCCUCCGAUGAUGAUGAGGCAACCCUCCGCUUCCUCCACCAACCUCGCCCCUCCGGAUUAUCAGCACCACCAGCCGGGCCCGCCUCCUCCGCAUCAAGCUCAUCCUUACGACGCUCAUACCGAUAAUUUUGCUGCGAAAAGAAUGAGAAAGCUUACACAAAGGAGGGCAGUUGACUACACUAGCACUGUUGUGCGGUAUAUGCAGAUUCGUAUGUGGCAGAGGGAUUCUAGAGACAGGACGGUGUUGCAGCCUACACCAGCUGCAGCCAUUGAUAUGUUACCAGCUGUUGCAUAUUCAGAUAAUCCUUCCACAAGCUUUGCUGCAAAGUUUGUUCAUACGUCAGUAAACAAGAAUCGUUGUUCAAUCAAUCGAGUUUUGUGGACUCCUACGGGGCGGCGUCUCAUUACAGGCUCUCAUAGCGGCGAAUUCACUCUUUGGAAUGGACAGUCCUUCAAUUUUGAAAUGAUUCUUCAGGCACAUGAUCAAGCAAUUAGGUCAAUGGUGUGGAGUCACAAUGACAAUUGGAUGGUUUCUGGCGAUGAUGGAGGAUCUAUAAAGUAUUGGCAGAACAACAUGAACAAUGUGAAGGCUAAUAAAUCUGCUCAUAAAGAAUCAGUUCGAGACUUAAGCUUCUGUAGGACAGACUUGAAGUUCUGUUCCUGCUCCGAUGAUACUACUGUUAAAGUCUGGGACUUUGCUCGAUGCCAAGAAGAGCGUUCGUUAUCUGGUCAUGGUUGGGAUGUGAAGAGCGUUGAUUGGCACCCUACCAAAUCGUUGUUGGUUUCAGGCGGUAAGGACAAUCUUGUAAAACUAUGGGAUGCUAAAUCAGGAAGGGAGCUUUGUUCAUUUCAUGGCCACAAGAAUACAGUGCUUUGUGUCAAGUGGAACCAAAAUGGAAACUGGGUGUUAACUGCUGCUAAGGAUCAAAUCAUCAAGCUCUAUGACAUCAGGGCUAUGAAGGAGCUUGAAUCUUUCCGUGGUCAUCGGAAGGAUGUCACUGCAUUGGCUUGGCAUCCAUUCCAUGAGGAGUACUUUGUCAGUGGGAGCUUCGAUGGAUCCAUCUUCCAUUGGCUUGUCGGGCAUGAAACUCCUCAGAUUGAAAUAUCCAAUGUACAUGAAAACAGUGUAUGGGACCUUGCAUGGCAUCCCAUUGGCUAUUUGCUCUGCAGUGGUAGCAAUGAUCAUACAACCAGGUUUUGGUGCAGAAAUAGGCCAGGUGAUACUCCUCGUGAUAAAUUUAACGUGGGACCCAACCAAGCAGGUUAUGGUGAACAAAACCCUGCUCUUGCUGGCCGCAUGCCUGGCAAUUUUCCUGUACCUGAAACCCCAACAACCCCAGGACCGUUUGGCGGGGGCUUGUCUCGAAAUGAUGGGACCAUUCCAGGUGUAGGAGUUGCCAUGCCGCUGUCAAUUCCUUCGUUAGAUUUUUCUUCUCAGGGAGAGCAGAAGCAGCCACUAGGUUCAAUGCCUGUAGGAGCUCCUCCUCUACCACCUGGUCCACAUCCCUCCCUUCUUGCUGUUAAUCAGCAGCAACCUUAUCAACAAAAUCCUCAGCAAAUCCAGCAACAGCAACAACAUCAACCAUUCCCACAGCAAAUGGCUCCUUUGCCUAUGCCACCUCCGAAUAUGCCACAGUUACAACCUCCAUCACAUUUACCUUUGCUUCCUCAUCCUCAUUUACCUCGACCUCCACCCCAGCUGCCUCCACUUAAUAUGCCCUCACAGGGCAUGCAAGGUACGAUGAAUCAGAUGGUUCCUCCCAUGCCACAAGGCCAUUAUAUGGGCAUGAACCCAAUGCACUCGGGAUCGUUACCUUCAAGUGGCGGACCUCCUCCAGUUGGGGGUUUUCCUGGUAGUUUGCCAAAUAUGCAAGGGCCAUCGAGUGGAGGUGGGGCACAAAUGUAUCCAGCAGGUGGUCCAUUUAACCGUCCACAAGGUGGACAAAUGCCUAUGAUGCCAGGUUUCAAUCCUUUUCAGCCUGGAAGUCAAUCUGGUAUGCCUCCCCCACCACCUCCCGGUCCACCACAUGGUCAAGCACCUCAAUGACUUCCUUGUUGUGUCGAAGUUUGUCGCAUUCCGAAGGGGCUUCAUUAAUUUUUUAUUCCCUUCUAGUGUUGUAGUUCUGGCGUCUCUCUUUUUUAUUUCUCUUUCUUUAUUCCUUUCUGUAAAACAUGUAUCCAGCUCUUUUAUGUGGCAAUGCAUCAGAAAACACUAUUUAUAUC